UGGGGCGAUCCGGGGAGAAGCCGGAAAAAGCUUUAUUCUGGCCGGGCUUCCUUGUGCCCUUUUGAUCCGUGGCUGCUUUCGCUUUUUCCGGCAUUUUCCCCCUGUUUAUUUGUUACAUGGAUCCUGCAGGAGUGGCCGCUGUUGUACCCUCCGUUGAGGCGGACCAAGGCCCUGCUUGGCCCCAGAGUAAGUGUCCAUGGGGAGCUCCUAAAAACACCACAGUAUCAUGUUCUCUUGCUGAUGUAAUGAGUGAACAACUAGCUAAAGAGCUACAGUUGGAAGAAGAAAACACUGGUUUUCCAGAAGUGGUAUCGGUUGUUGAAGGACCAUUUAUUACUGGGGAGAAUGUUGACACUUCCAGUGACUUGAUGCUGGCGCAAAUGCUUCAAAUGGAAUUUGACAAGGAAUACGAUGCACAACUUCGCCGUGAAGAGAAAAAGUUCAACGGUGACAGCAAAGUGUCCAUAUCUUUUGAGAAUUAUCGGAAAAUACAUCCCUUUGAAGACAGUGACAGCUCUGAAGAUGAGGUUGAUUGGCAGGAUACUCGGCACGAUCCAUACAGAGCAGAUAAACCCACUACUACUCCAAAAAAAGGCUUUAUAGGAAAAGGAAAAGAUAUUACUACCAAACAUGAUGAAGUUGUAUGUGGAAGAAAGAAUACUGCUCGGAUGGAAAAUUUUGCGCCUGAAUUUCAGGUUGGUGAUGGAAUUGGUAUGGAUCUAAAACUGUCCAAUCACGUCUUCAAUGCCUUAAAACAGCAUGCAUACUCUGAGGAACGUCGUAGUGCCAGGCUUCAUGAGAAGAAGGAGCAUUCUACUGCUGAGAAAGCAGUAGAUCCUAAAACACGCUUACUUUUGUACAAGAUGGUCAAUUCUGGGAUGCUGGAGACUAUCACUGGCUGUAUAAGUACUGGAAAAGAGUCUGUUGUGUUUCAUGCCAAUGGAGGAAGCUUGGGUGACGAUACCACACCUGUACCUUCAGAAUGUGCCAUAAAAGUGUUUAAGACUACCCUGAAUGAAUUUAAGAACCGUGAUAAGUAUAUCAAGGAUGACUAUCGGUUCAAAGACCGUUUCAGCAAACUGAAUCCACGAAAGAUCAUCCGCAUGUGGGCUGAAAAAGAAAUGCACAAUUUAACAAGAAUGCGGAAAGCAGGAAUUCCAUGUCCACAAGUAGUAACCCUUAAAAAACAUGUUUUGGUCAUGUCCUUCAUUGGUCAGGAUCAAGUCCCAGCUCCCAAACUAAAAGAAGUAAAACUCAAUAGUGAAGAUAUGAAAAAGGCCUACAACCAAGUUCUUCACAUGAUGCAGCAGUUAUAUAAAGAGUGUAGUCUCGUUCAUGCCGACCUGAGCGAGUACAACAUGCUGUGGCAUGGCGGACAGGUCUGGUUAAUUGAUGUGAGUCAGUCAGUGGAACCAACCCAUCCACAUGGGCUAGAGUUCUUGUUCAGAGAUUGCAGGAAUGUUUCACAGUUCUUCCAGAAAAAUGGUGUAUCUGAAGCACUUAGUGAUCGAGAGCUCUUCAGUGCUGUCUCGGGUUUAAAUUUUACAGCUGACAAUGAAGCAGACUUUCUAGCUGAGAUUGAAGGUUUGGAGAAAAUCAAUGAAGAUCAUGUUCAGAAUCAUGGGAAAAAGGUGUCUUCGUUUUCAAACGAUGAUGAAGAUCCACCAGCAUUUUGCAGCAAAUAACGUUUUGGAUCAACUUGGAUGUUUCUUACAUCUGUCAGUUGGUGCAGUGACUAAAUGUCAUUUGCCAAAGGCAACAUAAAUUAUGGUCAGCUCAGAAUGCCAUAAAUGAAACUUCAGGGAGUAUGCAUUGGUGUCUGGGUUUUUUAAAAGAAAAGUUCACUUUAAGCUACUGUGACUUAUCCAGCUAGCCCUGAAAGAAAGAAAUGUCAUGUCUUUUCAAUCUGGCAGAUUUUUCAGGUACACUUUGGGCAAUAUAAAUGAGUGAAUUUUAAGUAAUUUAAAAAAUGAUGCAGCAAUUUCAACUGAAACUCUAGAUACUACACUUAGGUACUAGAUGGUCUUUCCUUCCCUUCCAUUAAAUAGUGGUAUACCUAACUUUUAAAAGUUUGAUUUUGUUCUCAAAUUUUCAGUGUAAAUGUUUAAGGAAAGAUAAAUUCUAUUGUAGUGACCUGUUUGAUUUAGUAAUAUAGUUUUACUAUUUUUCAAAAACUUGAAGUGAAAGCAUUUUGGUAUGAAUGACAAUUUAAACUAAUCACUACAAUGUCUAAAAUAUUUUCCAACGUUUUAACAAAAAAAGACCAUUUAAGUUGUCAAUGAGAAAAUUUAUUCUGAACUGGCAAGAGCAAAAAUAUUUGUACUGAACUGUAUUUAAAGGGAAGAUAACUUUGCAGUAAUAUCAAAGAAAAAGGUUUAAAUUAUGUUGUAAAAAUUCAGACUGUUCGCAAGAACCUCCCUUACAGCUAACAGCAUAAGGCUGAGGUGAUGGCAGAUCAUUCUCUAUUUGUGGAAUAUAUUUAAUAAGUGAAAUAAAAAGCAUCCAUUUUAUUUAGGAGUAUAAUGUGAUGCAAUUCAUGACUCACUUCACUUAAGGAUCAUAAGUAGACUUUGCUGUUGAUACUUAUAUGAAAAAUUCAGGAGCCAUAUAAUAAACAUGUCUAUCAAAUGUGUAUGAAAACAUUAAAGAGCUCCCAAGAACGGUCCAUCUCUUCAUUCUUGGAGUGUGUUUAUGUGCAACUAUAGCCAAUUAAUUCUGGUUUGGCCAGUAUAAGAAAGAUCCAUUUAUUUCCCGAAACAUUUUGAUGAUGAAUUGACUGCAGAGUGUGAUGUCAUCACUGUGUUCUCAACUUUUCAAAUCUCUGUAAAUCUAUCCUUCAUUAUGCUGUAAUGAGAUACUGUUGCAGUGUGAGAAUAGCUUGUGAAAAUGUGUGCUGCAUUCAAAAAUGGGAUGUGAAUAAACACAUGACAUCUUA